GAACAAUCCACAAACGUCUUCCUAAAGUACUAUUUCUCUUGCCAAGCUCUCUUGCUCUUUUUUUUUCUUUGAUUUUACAGGUUCAAUACACAAUCUGCGGAUAUUUACUACUACAACCACGCGCAACUUCAGAACUUCCACCAAUACCUGGGUAAUUCUUCAAUAUGACGGGCAAAAUCAAAUCCAAAACCAAUACACCUCACGGAAAUUCAUUCAAACCUGCUCUAGGAAGAAAAGGAAGAGAUGGAGAGCGAAGCAAAGUUACUCAAGCUUGUGAUCAAUGUAGAAAGGGAAAGUCAAGGUGCUCUGGUAAUAUGCCAUGCAAUAACUGCGCUUAUGAUAAGAAGGAUUGUUCAUACAAUAAUGAUUACUCCCGUGGUCGGCGAACGAAGAUCCUGCCAAACCCGAAUUAUAAACCUGACCCUCAGCACAAAGUCUUCGUUGGUGGAUCUAAUCUAGUUAAUUUUGGAUCUUCAAAAGAAGGAGACGGCGGGCAAAUGUCACCGGUACUUGGUCCAUUCGGCGAGAAUCUAAAUUUCAACCAAAUGAUCUCACAACCUCAACAGUCGGCAAGCAAUAGCUCAGUUGCUAAUCUAGUUCAAGAAGCAAAACAGAGGUUUGAUCAAAAUGCACCUGUUUCUGUCCUUGCAUACGGUGAUCUACCAAUGCCUAUCAGUCAACCUGGACUGGUUACUCUGCCAAGUCCCGAUGAUGGUGCUAAACUUGUUCAAAUUUAUUUUGACAAGUUCUCCCCUAGCAUACUCUUUUUCCACCGACCGAGUGUUGAACGAUGGGCAGAAGAGUUGUUAGAGGCUGGUGGUGAUCUCUUGCAGAAGGAUUAUCUUAGAAGUAGGAAUGCUAUCGUUUUCAUGAUCUUUGCUUCGGCCCAGGCUUACAGUGCAAAGUCGGAGUUUUUGGAUACCAGUAUGCUUAACUGUCAAUUGGCAGACGAACAAUUGAAAUCCGAAACUGGUCCGCCACAAUUAACUAGCAUUCAAGCACGACUUCUCCAAUGCUACUAUCUCAUUGCUAGAGGUAGAAUCAACCAAUGCUGGAGCACUUUUUCCAACGUCGUCAGCUUAAUCUUCACUCUUGGAUUACAUAGACACUAUAGCAAGAGAAAUAUUGUUGAUUUAAUCGAGGUGGAAUGUCAAAAGCGAGUUUUCUGGGCAGCCUUUUAUCUGGAUAAAUUUCUGAGUUGUGCUUUGGAGAGACCACAACGUCUUAAACUUGAUGAUAUUGAUCAGGAGUUGCCAAAGACUCUCAACGACAGACAAUUCACACCCAACAACCUUAUACCAGCUUUUCCAGAUGAUCUCUCCACAAACCUUGCAUCCAAUCUCCAAUUCGAACUCGCAAUCAUCAUAUGCAACAUUCUCGACGAUUUCUACGGAUUCCGCAUAUACAACCCCGAAGAGCGCCACAACGCGGUUCAAACCUACCUUACCAACACCUUUCCCUCCUGGAAGAAGAAAGCAGCCUCGUUAAUCCACGCCAAUCCUGGAAACUUGAACGAAGUACAAAAUCGUCAAAGAUCAGAAUUAUGGUUAACAUAUCAUCAUACCAAGAUUCUUCUCCUUCGCACCUUCCUUCUCAUUCCAGAGUGCGAUAUGGCCGAAGAUGGAAUGAUCGGAUCCCUUGCAGAUGCGUGUAGAUAUGUUUGCGAAAUCGUGCAGCCGCGUCCCAAGGGAUUUAUAACAGAGGAUUCGGGAACGAUUGCGAAACAUGAGUUUCCCAUCUAUGCGGAUUUUGUCAAAUCGUUCGCUUUUAGAAGUGCUUGGCUCCCUCAGUAUAUCAUCUUCACCGCCGCGACAGUAACCUACAUUACAGGCACCCUAAAUCCCUCAGAAGUAUGCAAACCUGACAACACAAUCAUGCGCAACGUGCAAAUCCUCCAUGCACCUCUCAAGAAAAUCGCAUUUCCGGGUUCAUUCAUGGGACUAUGUGUUUCGGUUUUGGAUGAGUUGAAGAUUGCAGUUGAUCAGGCGAUUGAGCACCGUUCGUACGAUUUGGAUAAUGCGGAAAAUGAGGAUGAUGAAUUGGUGGAGGAGCGGGAGAAUUUGGGCAGGUAUCUCUUGAUGGCUAGGAAAAAGUUGGAGGAGGGUGGAGAUGUGGAUAUGGGUAUGGGUAUGGGUAUGGGUAUGGGAUUGCAGAGAAAUAAUCUGCGUGAGGAUAGAGGUGGCUCUGAUGUUAUGAGUCGUUUUCGCUAUUGGGGCUUUGCGAGACUUACUAAUCGGAUCAGGGAGUGUGGAUGGUAGGUUUGGAUGGGUUGAAGUGGGAGGGAUUGGAUUGGAUUGGAUCUUAUUAUUGAAUUGGGCUUUGUGAUUUUAAGACCAUGCUUCUUUUCUUUUGUCUUGACCGGCGACCCAGUCCCCGUUUCGGAUGUCGUCAACUUUGAGAUGGAAUGGGGGAUAAUCAAUUAUUUUGCGAAAUAGAACAACAUGAUACAAAGCAUGAUCA